AGACAUUUACAUAUUGAUUUCAAUACCCGCCUAAAUAAAGCACUUGAUUAUAAUGAUAAUGGGAUACGUUCCUGACUGGAUCGACAAUCUGCAUGAAAACGCUGCAGUUUCCAAACAGCUUAGUACAAUUAAAUCUAGGAAGAAUUCAUAAAGAAGCCUACCUUAGAUCAGCUCAAAACACAAAGUAUUUUGUCCAGAUUCGGGAGUGAAUAACUAUGCAGAUGCAGGAAUUUCUGAAAUAUAUAUUUGCGUUAAUGCUUGCUGAGGUCUCAUUGGCAGGCCAAGACCCUAACAGAGAUCAGGGUUAUGCAGAAAAUAUCUUCCUUGAUGUGAAAUUUGAAUGUUCAAAUGCUGAGAAGAAGCUAUAUUCGGUUGCCAGUGAAAUUCAAUGUCACCAUCGAUGUCUCCGAAAUGAGCAAUGCGCUCUUUUGAACUACAAACAGGCCAGCGGCGAAAAUGGUAACAUCGAAAACUGUGAAAUUUUCGGCUUAUCCAAACACGAUAGUAGUUGUCAGUCUGUUGAAGGCAUGACUGGAUGGAAAGCAGUUAUAUUUAAGCGAUUGAAUGUCACUCUCCCAACACCAGUUGAACCAGUGUAUGAAGAUUGCAAGGAUGCCUAUCAAAAAAACAUGGCGGCUGUCAGUGGAGUAUAUAGUCUUAAAGAUGGGAAGCAUCAUUGUAUCAUGGAGAAUCUGGAAGGGUGUGGUGAAGGUGGCUGGACAUUAGCAUUGAAAAUGAAUGGAAGCAUGGGAACUUUCGAGUUUUCUUCAUUGCUGUGGAAGAACAAUGAAACCUACAACACAGAAGAGGGUCUAAAAUCGUUCCUUUCAUUUGAAGCUAAAUUCCCGGCAUUCAAUUUGCUUCGUUGCGAGAAGUUGUGCAUGGGUAUGUAUCGCAAUAACUCUAUGAAAUGGAUUGGCCUAAAUUUUAAUGAAACGUCUUUGGGCGGUAACUCCACUCUGCAAGAUAUCUUUAAAAAUGAAGUUUAUGUUUCAACGGCUCUCGGGCGUUCUACCUGGAAGGGUUUUGUUGCUGACUCGUCCUUGCAGUCAUACUGUGAUCGUGAAGGGUUUAAUGUCAAAGGCGAUGGAAACGAACUCAAAAUUCGGAUCGGCUUAGCAGCCAAUCAAGAAGCGAACUGCUUAACACCAGAGUCAUACAUCGGGUUUGGAUCAACUAUGGUAUCUUUAUGCAAUCCAGCAAUUAUACCAAUAUCUUGUGGCAAUUUCGCCGCUUGCUUUGCUGACAACGGAGAUAAAAGUUAUCCUGUGAUGGGAUUUUUACUUGUCAAAUGAUCACUCAUUUUUCAAAUAUGACUAAUUUAAUUUUACUUCUUAUCACUCUCUUUUGAUUUGCCGCGUUUUAUAUAAACUUUUGUUGUGUGACCUUGUGUUCCGUUAUGUGGUGUUGUGUUGUUUCUUGUCGCAUCGUGUUGUGUUGUGUCGCGUCGUGUCGUGUUGGCUUGUUUCGUGUCAUGUUGUAUUUUGUGUAUUUGUUAUGUUGUAUUGAACUUUGUUUGUUGUAUUUCAUUGCCUUUUGUCAUAAUUUUAUCCUGUACAAUUCUAUCCAAUUCGAAUCAUCACAAGGGUACUCUCUGAAAAGUUUAUUAUUGCAAGGCCUAUUCACGAAACAAAUUAUCUUAAUAUUUUAUUAAAGUCGCUCACAUAAAAGUAAGUCUUUUUUCAAGGUACUAGCUAUAUAUCAAAAGGUACCUGAAAAUGUUUACUAUUAUACCCUUACCACAAUGCACAAAGUUGCCCUACUAGCAAGUAAUAAAACACUGCCGCUGUGCAUGUCAUCAACAUAUAAAGGAUAAUUAAUGUAAAUGAUAUAGUCCAGUUAUUAGUUGAUUUAUAGGACUAGUUUGUUAUUGUAAAAAUCUAAGAAAUGACUGGAGCAACAAGGGUAAUUGGUGUAUGAUAUGCAAGUGAUGCAAAAAAAAUUACAUUUAGGCCCAAAUAUUAUUUGUAAAAUUUCUUAUUGCAACAUGCUGAUACUGGUGCUACAUAAAAACAAAAUACAGGUACUCACAGGGCAAGAUAGCAUCUUAUUACGAAGCACAUUUGAUUCAGAUACACUCAGCUGUAUCAUAAAUGUUAUUAAAUCCCUGAUCUUUAAAUAUAAUCACAGUAAAAUCAUUCUAAAUGAAUAAAUAUCUAGGUCUCUGUUGGGUAAAGGUAUAAAGAUAUCAUGAACAUUCUACUUUUGAAUUUUACCUUCUUUGUAGAUGCUUUACGUUCUAGAAAGAAGUUAUAAGGAUAAUUAUGAAGCAGUAAGUCCUUGCUGUCUUUGCAGCUGCCUCUUUGGCUUUGAUACUGUAGAUUGCCACUUAUUCUCCUUCUUAGAACUUUGUCAUUUUCAGCAAAAAAUAUUUCUUUUUGUACAUCGUUUUUUUAUUUUCUUUGUUUUCCUCCUUCCCUCCUCCUUUUUUCUUAUUUUUUCAAAAUUCUUUAUCUUCUUAUUCUUCAAUUUUUUCUUUUUUCUAGUUUUUCAUCUUCACUUUUUCUUUUACUUCUUUUUCAUAUUAUACUUAAUAUUCUUCUCCUUUGUCACGUUCUUUUUAUUAUUUGUCUUCUUUUGUUUUUACCUCCUUCGGCUCUUUUCAUCUCUUUCGUUUUCAAAUUCUUCAUCUUGUAGCAGCCAAAAAAUUUUCAAGAGGCUGUCCCAGCAACUUUCAAUUUCCCACCAUUAAGAAUUUUUCUUUUAAGACUUUAAAACCACCACGUAGCGGUCUUCAGCGAGACCAGAGCUAUUGUUUUCUGAAGCGGUGUGUCCGUUGUCUGGAGUAAAUACGUUCAAGUCCUCGACCACAGGAAUGAAAUUUUUGAUUAUUUGUCCGAAGUUUGAUCUCCGUUCAAGGGUGUUUACUGUUUUGUAUUGUCUUUAUCUUGUUUUAGUUCAUUAAUUUUGAUGUACUUUAAACAAUUUGGGUAUUUUGCUAAUCAGCUCCAUCUACGUCUAUCUUGAGACCUUUUUACUUCAUUUCAUUCAUAUCUUUCCAUUCAUUUUCUUCAACUUUCUAUCAUAGUUGUUUUAAAGCUCCUGUUUGCCUUAAGUACUUUACGUUAAUCAAGGGCCUACCUUAACUUAGGUUUCAAUGUCUUCUGCCAUUGAAAUAUCUGUAUUUUUGUUGCUUAUCUUCCUUUUGGUCCUGGAUUAUCUAAGUAUGUAUUUAAGAUUAGCUUCUGCAUCUGAAACCAACUGCUCGUAAUCCCCUCAUCAAGAUUCGAUGAUUUCAUCGCACUGUUGUACUCACUAGGUAUUCCAACCCCAAACCAAUACUCCUAUUCAAUAUUUAUAGCAUUAGGUCGUAGCUCAAUUCUCUACUCAUCAUUAUUUGGAUCUUAGUAUUCUUCGUUUAUGGAGAAGAGCAGAUGAAAAAUCCCACAAAAGCCUUGUAUUUAUGUAUCUUUGUUUGAUUGUUAUUAUCUUUUUAGCAUAAACUAUGCCAUGCCCCACAAGUGCACGCUGUCAGGUGUUCCAUGACUGUAUCUAUAUAACCUUUUGAUAGUGGAAACAGCUUGAAAACUAUGAACUGCUGGGUGCUGUGGGAUUCUCCAGUCAUAAUAUUCUGCUUUUAUUAUUUUUAAAGAAGGUUAUAAAUCAGGAAGCUUAGGUUUUUGAUACCUCUAGGUUUUACCAAGAGCAUAUUGGCUCUAUUUAUGUCAGUCACAUAUACAUGAUUUCAUAUUCAUCUAUAACUUUUCAGCUAUGUUAGGGUUCCUCAAUUUCACUUAACACUACAUACAAAACUGCUAGCCAAAUUUUGGCGUGAAAUAACCCCCGAUCGUUCUGUUUUACAUUGUAUGGGACGCAAAUGUUACAGUUGAAAGGGAAGUUCUCUACCCAUUUAAAUUAUCGUUGUUCGAGCGAAUGCGUUUUGGGUCAUAGUUCGAAUUAUAAUGAAGCAGUGAUUAAACACUAGCGAAAAAUAUAUGCUGCAGCAACCAAUCAAUCAACCAACCAGCCAUACCAACCAAUCAGUCAAUUAAUUAAUGAAUGACCCGUGUCAAGUCAGCUAAAUGCUAUUAGAAAUGGCUUUUAAAAAGCAAGCAUUUUGAAGCAUACUGAAACUUUUUGUCUGACAUCUCUUCAGAGUAUAAAACUUCAAAGUAUUGAACAAAAACUACUAGUUAGUAAAUUUAUUUGUAUACUCAGCUGUAAAAAAAAUUGCUGUUUACCAGUCUGUCAUUAAGUGCUCGAUACCGUAUAGUCAGAGCUGUACACGCUAUUUUGUGUAUAGAAUCAAGACGGUUGCAAGUUGCUACUCCGAGUAUACAUAAUUAUGGAUUUCUGCCAAAAAAUGUACGAAGAUUAUUGGCAUAACCAAAAAGAUACCUCCCUUCUUUCCCAGUAUAGAAAAUGAGUUAUAAUUUAUCGACACUUUUCACGAAAAUAUUGGUACAAAAUUAACAGUCGAUAUAUUUUUGCUCUGUUUCCAACUUCCGCUUCCUUUACUCCUGUUUCUCGGUUGUCGCUCGAUUUUCAAUAAUUGCCAAAGUUGUUUUAAUGAUUAUUGAGUAGGCAUCUUCAUGUAAAUUAUACUCCCUUUUUUCUCGCGCCGAGGCUGUAUAUAAAGAUUUAUUGCAUUGUGGCUUACAUGCUCUUAUAAGUAUGUGAUGCAAGUGAGAAGAGAUGGUCACCACAGGGGUCACAAAAUUGACUGGUGAGCGUAUUUUCUUUGCUUUGACAUUGCUUUGAUUCUCAGUGCUUUGACUUUGCAAAUUCCAGAAUUUUUCUAGCAGGUUUGACAUUUUUUUCUCAUAUGUAACUGCAGUAUAUCAUAAUUUCUGUAUUUUUAUGAAGCUUUCUGUUCAAUGUACCAUUUCUGGACAGUUCUCAAGAACAGUUCAUUUCUCAUCCCAGAUUAAGACAAUACAAAUUAGUCAUAACGCAUUGUCUCCACUAGCCUUGAGAUGGCUUUUUGUCGUAAAACAAGUGAUGGAAGUUCAUCUACGUAAGCAUUUGCCACAAUGAUCUUAUCUUGAAAAUGUUGUUACGAAGGAACACUAAUUGAUUCAAAGCCUUAUCAGCAAAGGAAAUAUUUCAUGGUGUAUCGAAUAUUUGAAAUAGUUACGCUCUUGGCCCCGGAUAUGAACGCCCUUAAUCAGAUUCAAGAAAGGCAUAGUGUAUAAAAAUAGGCUUUUACAUUCACACGAAGCCGAAUAUUCUUUAUGAUCGUUAGAGAAUUAGAUCUAGCAGGGUUCCUGCAUGUGUUUUUGUUGUAGCUCGUAUUGGCUGUCGACCUGCUGUAUUAAGGCUUAGGCAGCGUUUACACGAGACCGGUUCCAUUUGGAACCGUACUAAAAUGAGCACGGUUAGGCCUUCGUUUACACAGGACCCGUCUGAACCGUUCCAAAUGGAACUGCUAGCCGUAUCAAAACGGGAUCGCUUAGAAAAAAGUCCCAUUUGGAACCGUACUAAAAUGAGCACGGUUAGGCCUUCGUUUACACAGGACCCGUCUGAACCGUUCCAAAUGGAACUGCUAGCCGUAUCAAAGCGGGAUCGCUUAUAAAAAAGUCCCAUUUGCAACCGUACUAAAAUGAGCACGGUUAGGCCUUCGUUUACACAGGACCCGUCUGAACCGUUCCAAAUGGAACUGCUAGCCGUAUCAAAACGGGGUCGCUUAGAAAUAAGUCCCAUUUGGAACCGUACUAAAAUGAGCACGGUUAGGCCUUCGUUUACACAGGACCCGUCUGAACCGUUCCAAAUGGAACUGCUAGCCGUAUCAAAACGGGAUCGCUUAGAAAAAAGUCCCAUUUGGAACCGUACUAAAAUGAGCACGGUUAGGCCUUCGUUUACACAGGACCCGUCUGAACCGUUCCAAAUGGAACUGCUAGCCGUAUCAAAACGGG